AUGUGGAGGACUCUUAAUGCGUGUCCAAUUCAAUAUCCUUCAUAUAAAUCGUCCGAAAUUAUAGAUCUUAAGUCAAGACAACUCGAAUUCUUCCAUCAGGUUAAGAAAAAUCCGAAAAAUUUAGACAUCAAACUUAUUAAUUGCUCGAAUAAUGUCAUAACUUCAUUAGAUAAAUCAUUUCUCCAUAAAUACCCAAAUUUAGAAGUAUUCGAUAUAUCAAAUAAUCAAAUUACAAAGAUUGAACACUUUGAUAGACAGCCAAAAUUACAAUUCCUCAAUAUUUCAAACAAUAAUGUACCAUUAAUCGAAAAUUUAGAACAAAAUCAAGAAAUAGUGCAGAUUGUUGCCCCAUUUAACAAGAUUCACUCAAUAUUUUUAAGAGAUCAAUUACCAAAACUAGUUUAUCUUGAUUUACGAUCGAAUCCGCUGAAUAAAUUGAAUUUUGGAACAAAAAUGCCUGCGUUAAAAGUACUUUUAGUUAGCAAUUGUCAGUUAACAGAAAUGCCUGAUUUUACAUCUUUCCCUGCACUUGAGUUUUUAGAUAUUUCACGUAAUAAGUUGGAGUCUGCACUUAGUGUCAAACAAAAUAAUCUUGUUGUACUUAAUAUAUCACGAAAUCAAAUUACAGAAUUGAAAACUUUUAGAAGUUUUAAGAAACUAGAGCGUUUAGAUGUAUCUUUCAAUGAUAUUGAAGAUGAUGGUUUUCUGAAGGCUAAAAAACUUAAAUCUUUGAAAUUAUUAUACGCAAGGAGUACUAGAUUGAAGCAAAUUCCAAUAUUGACGCAAAUAUGUCCUAAUCUUACAGAGUUAGAUGUUAGCUUUUCUAAAAUCGAAAGCAUGAAAGAUGUAUUAAAAUACAUUUCAGCAAAUCAACAAAUUAAAGCUCUUGAUUUACGUGGAACUGAGGUAACACAGCACAUGUAUCCAUUGCAAGCAUAUGAUACUGUUAUUGAAUCAAUAUCUAUGUUCAAUUCAUAUCAUCCAGAUACAAUUACAAAUCGUCAGAAGUACAGACAACAGAUCAUUAGUAAAUUACCUUAUUUGGAAGUUCUUGAUGGUAUUACUAUUACAGAAGCUGAUAAAAAUGGCCAAACUGAAGCAGUUAUUUCUGAAAUUGAAUCUUCUUCUCUUCAAAUGUCUCCGCAAGAUUCGAAACUUGAUGAUGUUACAGAGCAACCAGUUGAAAUUACUAAUGCCAAAACUUCACAGCUUGUAGAUUCUGAAGUUAUGGCAAGAGAUCAAAUACAAUUCUGUAAAAUUACCAAAUGUGAAGACAUUUUCAUUGAAAAAUCUUCUGCAAAGCUUGAAUUUAAGCAUUUGGAUAGUAUUGAUAUUGAACCAGCCAAUAAUUUUGUUAUUGACAAUCAGAUUGAUCAUGAAAUUCCUGAAAAGGAAUUAAAAUUCAGCAUUUCGACUGAAAAACCUCUUAACUUAAUGAUAGUUUCCAAAGAAUUGGUUAACCAUGGCAUCAAUCCUGUGAGAAUUCGUUUCAAAAUUAAAAAAUUAAAUGAAUUUGAAAUUAAGGAACCAGAAUAUGCAACUAAGAAGGUGAAUACAACAAGAGAAAGAACAGCUUCUGAAGAGGAAGAGGAUCAUUAUGAAGAGGAAGAUGUCAUUUAUGUUGAAGAAGAGGAAGAAGAAGUCAAAGAAAUCAAAAGGGAGGAGGCUCCAGUUUUAUCAGGAAGAUCAAAUAAAAACUAUAACUUCCAUAAUCAGAGUUCUGAUAUUUACUCUGACUAUGAUACGGAUAAUGAUUUGAUGGAUGAAAUCAAGACAAAGAAAGAUGAAGAGAAUAAAACGAGUGAGAAUACAGGAAAUAAUACUGGAACUAGUCAGAAUAACGAAGGAACAAACGACACGAAAUCUCUUGAAAACCCUUCUUCAGGAAAAAGACUUUUCAAGGAUUCUUCGUCGGAUGAUGAUUUUGGACACAAACCAGGAAGGAGAUUAUUCAAAGAAGAUUCUGAUGAUGACGAUGAUGGUGAUAAAGUAAAAAUCCAAAGAAAACUUAGUGACUUAGAUGGUCCAAAGAAUGCUCCUAAAUCACCUGUUUCAAGUGAUGAUGAAAAGCCUCAACAAAAUAGUAAGCAAAGUAAUGGAAAUCAGGAGCAAAACGAUGCUACAAACCAAAAUGAUACUCCAAACCAAACUUCUCAGCAACCAGAAAAUAAACCCAACGAAGAUAAAGAGAAAACUGAAAAGAAAUCUAACUCCAAAGGCCCAAAGACUCCUGAAUCCAGUAUCUCAGAAGAUCUAUCAGAUCUUGGAACUAAGAAAAACAGUAAUUCGAAAUCUAAUGGAAAGAAAUCAAAAAGUCAGAAAUCGCCUGACUCAAGUCUAAUGGAUGAAGAAGAAGAAGUACAUGAAUUUGUCAAGAAUUCAAAGACAUCUAAUAAAAAACUGCAAGCACCAAAUUCGCCUGAAUCAAGUUUAUUAGAGGAGGAAGAGUAUGAAGAAGAGGAGGAGGAAGAAGAAACAUCUGAAUCAAGUGAUUAUGAAGAUAAAAACUUUCGACCACUUAAAAAGAUGUCAAAGCUUCCAAAAUCACAAAAUGAAAGUUCUGAUGAAGAAGUAGUUCAUAGCAAAAAAAGAUCAUUAAGAAUUGAAGAUGAUAGUAGCGAAGAUGAAGAACCUCAUAAAAUAUCAAAAAAGAGGAGAUCAAAUUUUAAUGAAGAGAGCACAGAAAAUGUGAAGACCCCAGAUUUUCCUAAUGAUUUGAAACUAGAGAAGUUUAGCGAUAACUCAAGUGAAGAAGAGGAAAAAAUUCGUAAAUUCUCUCGCAGAAAAAAACUAAUGCAGAGUGAUGAUGAGAGCAGUGAUGAUAAAGAAAUACAUAGAAGUUCAAAGGGCAGAAAAAAAUCUAAACUCAAAGAUAUCAAAGAUAGCAGCGGAGAAGAUGGAGAAGAAAAAUUUUCAACUCGAAGUUCUAAAGGUAGAAAAAAAUUAGCGAAUAAGAAAUUAAGCAGUUCUGAAGAUGAAUCACCACAAGUUUCUGCAAAAUCAAGAAAAAAAUCAUCAAAAAAGAAAAUGAGUAGUUCCGAAGAUGAAUCUGCACCAGUUUCUGCAAGAUCAAGAGGAAAAUCAUCAAAAAAGAAAAUGAAUAGUUCCGAAGAUGAUUCAGAGCCAGUUUCUGCGAGAUCUAGCAAAAAAUCUAGAUCGAGAGCGAAGGAGAGCCAAAUUGUUCCAGUAGAAAUCAUUGAGAAUCCAGACGCGUUUAAAGUUGAAGAUUUCAAAUCUAAUAGAAGCAGUCAUUCAAGUAAAUCCAGUCAUAGAAGAUCCUCUAUUUUGAACAAAGGUGGAGAUAAAUCAAUAAGAUCUGAUAUUAUUGAAAGAAAUUUGGAGGACAGUGACACUGAAUCAAUAAAAUCAAUGAAGAAAGACAGAAAAGCAAACAGUAACCCACUUGUCAAUCAAAAAAUUGAAGUAUAUAGAAGAAGGAUUGAACAACUACAGAAUGAAAAGAACUUUGAUUCUAGUUUGAGUCAAUGGAGUGAAUCUGAUUCUCAAUAUAAAAAGAAUCCUGGGAAGAAUGACUUGGAUCUUUCUGAUGUUUAUUCAGAUAUAAAAGAAAAUACAUUUGAAAGAGUUAAAGCUAGCAAUCCCAUUAUUCCAAUAAAUGCAGAAGAUGAUACUGGUUUUAAGUUUGAAACACCAAUGAAACCUGAUCAAAAACCAGAAAUUUUGAGAUUAGGAAAAUACACUCCAGAAAUGAGAAUGAAAGAUGAAGAAACAAUCAGGAAAUUAAGAGAAGAAAAUGAAGCAUUCAAGAGGAAAAUCGAAGAGCUAAAACUGCAAAAGAUGAAAAGAGAACUUCAAGAAAUAGAAAGAGUUCAAAGGAGAAAGCAGGAAAUCUUUGAUAAGUUUAGUGAUUUUAAUGAAUAUUCAUUUCCUAAUCCAAAAAGGGUUGAUUCUAAGAAAUUAGAAAAUGAUAUCAGAAGAAAUCAAUUUGAUAGUUCAAGUGAUGAUUCUCCGCUGAUGAAAGAUAUUAAAAUUAAAAAGAGCAAGAAUAUAGAUAAUGAUAAGAAAGUUCCCAAGAAAUUUGAUGAAGAUAUACCAAAGAGGAUUAAGAAGAACAAGAAAUCUUUUAAAGAAGAUUCUUCAGAGAAUUCUGAAUCAAGUGAAAAUUUUAUUUUGAAGAAGAAAAAGAGGAUGGAAUCAUCAAGUGAUGAUGACUCUUUUGAAGAACAAAAAUCUAAGAAACAGAAAAAUAAAGAAGCAAAAAUUCCUAAGCAAAGGAAGACAAAGUCGAGACAGAGUUCUCCGAUUAAAGAAGUUGAUCUUCGAAGUGAUUCUGAUGACAAAUCAGUAAAAUCAAAAAGGUCGAAGAGUAAAUCACCAAAACAAAAGCCUAAAUUGAACAAAAAGAAGAGUAGAUCUUCUUCACCAACAAAGAAAGCAAAAUUUAGUGAGGAAGAAUCAUCCGAAGAUAUGGAUAUUAUUCCUGUUUCAAAUAAAAGGAGUCAAACAAAGAAAAAUAAAAUUUCUCCCAAAGGAAAACGAAACAAAAUUAAUAAGCCAGAUGAACCAAAGAAAUCUCCGAAGAAAAGUAAAAAUUCCGUUAAAUCCGCAACUUCUUCAAAAAUAAAGAAAUUGUCAGCACAAAACUCGCCGGAUAUAAACGAAACGAAAUUGAAGAAUAGAAACUCAUCUCCGAGAAAGAAAUUUGGUAUUCAGAAAAGUCCUUCUAAAUCAGAUGCUGCAUCCACAGGAAACGUUGGCAAACUUCGAAAGAAGAAAGACCAAAAAAUAAGAAAUAAAUCCAAAGAUAUUGGAACAGAAGAUAAUCUUUCAGUAAAAUCUGCUCCAGUUCAAGCAAAAAUCAAACCUAAACCACUUAAACCAAAAUCUAAGAGACACGAUAUCCCGGUGAAUGAAUAUAGCGAUGAAGAACCACAGAUAACUAAAUCUAAACGAAAACAAGAGAAGAUAAAUGAUGUAGAACUUAGCAGCUCAUAUUCUUACAGCGAAGAUGAAAAACCAGUUGCUAAAAUAGUUCCAAAAAAGACUCAAGAGAAGGAAGUGAAACCAGAUAAAGAUAAUAAACUAAAGCAUCACCACCAUCAUCAUAGUCAUCAUGGUUCUCAUCACUCCCAUCAUUCUCAUACAGUGCAAAUCAACAAAGAAAAGAAUCACGGAAGGAAUCAUCACCAAACAGAGAAAGUUGAAAAAGUUAAAAAUCACGACCACUCGAGUCAUCGAAAGAUUGUAUCUGAAAGGGAGAAAAAUAGUAAAAAUGAUGAGCAUCAUCACCAUUAUCAUAGUAGUCAUAAGCAUGAGCACGAACAUACUUCAAGGAAGCAUUUCCACGAUAAAUCUCCAAGUAUUUAUAAAGAUAGAAAGGAAAACAUAUCUUCUUCUAAUGAAGAAUUAGAUGAUAGACUAGAUGCGAUUGAAAGAGCAACAGAUGAAAUGAAAUCAAGGAUAAAUUCCUUAAAAUAUAUUAUGAAAGAAUCAAAAGCACCACAGAAACAAAUUGUUAUUAAUGUUAAAUAA